AUGUCGAACGGGUUUGGCUUAGCCCUGCGCGAAUUCUGGCAUACUAUGACCAGUUAUGACCGACACUCAACACUGGAUUCUCCACAUCGGUCCGGUCGUCACGUCCCUCUCAACAAUGGCCGAAACAGCGUGUUUACUGGCGUAGCUACCGCCUCCGAUUCCCGCGGUGACAUCAACUCUCCUUAUUUCGAUGAUGCCUCGCCUACCCGCAAGCAAAUGCGCCCCCCGAACAUUGUUCCCUACAAUCCCGCCUCAAGUCCUAACCCCGGCUCAUACUCGCCUGGCUUGCGAUCUGUUUCUGCUAGAAAUACUAGCCAGACUGAUGGAUUCGAGGUUCAGAGUCCUGGCGAUGUGCCCAUGCAGUCAUUCGAAGACGGCCUCCCCCCUCCACCCCCGGUUUCCCAUUCCUGGAAGCGUAUAGAUGCUUGGGCAGAGGACAACUAUCCGGAGCUUUUCGACCAGGUCUGCGAAGGCGCAACUGUCAAUGAUAUGAAUGAGCUGGAACAUCAGUUGGACUGCACCCUUCCCCAGGAUGUGAGGGAGUCGCUUAUGAUUCACGACGGUCAAGAACGUGGCGGUACUCCAACGGGAAUCAUCUUCGGCUCGAUGCUCAUGGACUGUGAAGAAAUUGUGCAGGAAUGGGGGACCUGGUCCAGGGUCAGCAACCAAAUCUUAAUGGACACACCGACACCUCCUACUCCAAAGGCUUUCGCCGGAGGCAGCAACGAGUCAUCUUCGUCCCGGCAGCGACCAUCCUCGCGGUCUAGUAACCCUGACGAAUGGCGCCAGAAUCUUCUCGACAAGCAGACUUGUGUUCCCCCGAACAGUGUUCAAAGCGCGUAUGCACAUGCUGGAUGGAUCCCCUUGGUGCGAGACUGGGGUGGUAACAACUUGGCUGUCGAUUUGGCCCCUGGACCUAAAGGCCGAUGGGGCCAGAUCAUACUUUUCGGUCGUGAUUAUGACACCAAGUACGUCGUGGCCAAAUCGUGGUCUGCAUUCCUCGCCCUUGUGGCAGAUGACCUGAACAGCGGGAAAUGGUUUGUGGACGAAGACAACGGGGAGCUCAAGCUUCGUGAGUUCAAAGAUGCACGAGUCGAGCCGUCGUACUUCAGCAUUUUGCGAUGGAGAAUGGACCAGAAGUACGGGCGCCGAGCAGCACAGCGAAAGUCCAUGCAACCAAGACCCGGGUCGAAGCCUGGAUCGAAGCCCGGGUCGCCUCUUGGAUCCCGAUCAUCUUCCCCCUACUCCGCAGAAGGUAAUGGAGAUAAUCGAGGUCGCUCUUUGCAGCGACCUCACGGGGCCUCACCUUUGCAGAGUCCAAUGCGCGCAGGCCAUGGGAAACUACCUAUCCUCGGUAGAGUGACGGAGGAGACGAGCAUUCCGGAGUUGGCAGAUGCCGAAAUCCAGCCCGAGACCCUGGUUGAGGCAGAGGCAACGCUAUCCAAGAGGGAGUCUAAGCAGCCUGUUGUUCUGAAAAGAGUUGAGAGCGAUCUCAUCAAAUUAACCAAGGAGAACGAAUCCCCGGUCGGGAAUGGCAAGCAACCCCAGUCCAAGGACGAGACGAUGAAAGAAAUCCAUAUAUAA